CGAAAUGUCACGUGCUUCGUUUGCUUUACUUCUACACCCCCUAAAAGCCAAUCCGGGCUUAGGAGUAGCCAAUGUUGAGCUCCGCAGAUGUUUCGCUUCCACAGAAAUAAAGCGGUGCACCUGCUGAUGGCAGCAAUGUUGGUCAUCAUUCUAGGAAGAUUAAUUUCUUUCAUUUUGGUUGGAUUCAGUAUGAGAUGUGCCACAGAGCUCCACAUCAGCAACCCAAACAUUGUCGUUCGUAAGGAGGACUUAUGGGAAGCUUUGAACAGCCUCAAUGGAUCACUGUUUCAAGGUGACCACGUACCGGCGUAUAACUGCAGUACCAGCUCUAUCAGCUUCAGUAACACACACAUGGAAAAUGGGCGGCAGCACAAGUUUACCGGAACACAGUUAUUUUCUCAUCCCCAAGAAGUUGAUUUGCUGGAAAAAAUAUGUCAGUUCCAACAAGGUCAGUCUAUACUACAGGGAUCAUAUCGGAGAAGGAAUUUUACCAUACUUAUCAACCACCCGAACAUUUGUAACAUGCAACGCAAUGAAAAGCUCCAUCUAAUCGUCUUGAUUAAAUCCAAACCUUCGCACACAAUGCGGAGAAUGCUUAUUAGACGAUAUUGGGCCAAUACUAAUUGUUGGGCUGGACGUAAUAUCAGGCGGGCCUUCUUACUUGGGACCACCGUGAAUCAAACAGCGAUGAUUGCUAUAGAAGCAGAAGCUCGAAAGUAUGAGGAUAUCCUGCAACAGGAUUUUGUCGACCGCUAUCGUAAUCUCACUCUCAAGGUGUUUUUUGGACUUCAGUGGGCUAUUGCUUUCUGCCCCGAGACAAAGUGGUUGCUAAUGUUGGAUGACGACAUAUUUGUCCACACUCGAAACGUUUUGCCGGUUUUAGACCUCCUAAACUCGCUAGCCACCUCCAAACUCCUUAUUGGAAACUUCAAUGGGGAAAGAACCGUGCUAAGAAAUAGGUCAAAGUGGAUGAUAUCUAGGAGUGAAUACGCUCAUGUGAAGUAUCCCAUUUACAGCAGUGGCGCAUGGGUCGUGAUCGGAAGGGAUUUGGCUCUGGAACUGUACAUCGCGUCUCGCUUCACUCGAAUGAUACCGUUCGAUGACGCCUACAUUGGCCUACUGCUCAACAAGCUGCUGUACAUACCAGUGUCUAUUUCUGGUAUAUACCUUCACAACCCUAGAGUGCUGAAGCGCAGAGAACUGGAGGAUAUAUUGGCCAUACACGGCGUGACCACAGUGGCACGUCAAAAAAGACUGUGGAUCCUAACGAGACAGGUUGAACUUUGUACGUCUAAGCCAGGAUCUUGAAGUUGGGAUAAGUGUUCAAGGUAGCAAGAACAGAUCCGCUCCGCUGAGCAUGCGAUAACAAGAAGACUCGUGUGUACGUUCACAUUCAAAUCGAUCAUAAGAAUGCCAUCAAGUAAGUCGCCAAGUCACAGCCUCAUUGCUAGUAGAUGCGUGUAACGAAUGCUAGCGUGAAAAAUAACCUUUCCGUAAUUUUGAAGCUCACCCAUUCACGCUUUAUUUGUCAAAGCUUGCGUUUAUUGAAAAAGUUGACGGAAGAUUUAUAGUUUUAUGUUCCCCCACUUGUUCCCCAACAAGAAUGUUUGGUGUCGCGCACUGAAAACGACAAGAUAUACAGCUGUGCUCAAACCAUACACCAUCAUCGAGAAGCCCAUCUAACUGACUAGACCGUCUGCAAACGUGGUUGAGAAGAGGCUACUAGACGAAAUUGCAUACCAAAGUGAAUGGCACUUAAAUGGCAAUCCAGGUAACGCACAUGGAUAUCUACCCAAAUCAUUUUAGUCGCUAUUUAGAAAAAUCAGAAUUCCAAAUCGGUUUGAACAGACAGUAUUCUUAUAUUCCAUUGUGCCACCAUGGUUUACUUACAUUGAUCUUCUGUUCGUUAUGGGCUGCGGCCAACUUAAAACACGUAAAUCCUUAGUUCGAAUUUGACUGCCAUUCAUGAGAAAAAUACGAAUCAGCACAUUUGGUUCCACCGCGAUUCUAGCAUAGCAGAUGGAGACUACAUUGUCCGAGCGUCUUUGCUUCUACUUUCUGUGAAACACUGUGCAGCAUCGUCAUUAUGCAAUGAAGAUCAUAUGGGGAAAGUGUCAGCCCAAAGAAUGGUAAAUCGCACAUCUCAUCUUGUCUCUACCAUAUUCCUAAAUCUGCAAUUGGUCUUAGACGGAAUGCUCGAGAAUAGGAUUGAGCACAUUCGAGCAGCAAAUUGCAUCCAUUUAUUUGUGAAUGUAUUCUUCCGUUUAUCUUUUCAACUACCUUUUGAAAAGUGCAUCUUUUAUUGCAUGCAGUGGAUCUGUUAUCUCCCACCCUCUCCUCCCUCCCUGUUUAGCUCAAACUUCAGCACCAGUUCGGCACCUGGAUUUACCGGCUUUCACCAAUUUUCUUUUCCCCUUCUCACUACUGAUGUCAACGACCAUUUACAUAUUCCCCGUCAGAUUUCUUUACCAUACAAGUCUUGUCAAAACGCUUAGACAGUUAGGCUAAGCAUUAGAAAAGCAAUUGAAUCGGCCAGAACCACUUAAAUUGUUACCGAGG